GGAGGCUAUGUGAUAAAUGCACCAUCUUUGAAACACUUGAACAUCGAAUGCCUCGAUCAUAUUGACUUCUGUCUGAUUGAGAAUGCGCCAGAGCUGGUGGAAGCAAAGAUCACUUAAGUUUCUCAUAUAGCCAAUGAGAACAUUCUUGCAUCUCUCACUUCAGCCAAGUGUCUUUCCUUACACUUAUACUCAGAGAUUAAGUAUCCCACUGGUAACAUCUUCUAUCAGCUGGUCUCUUUGGAGCUAGAUAUAGAUGAAAUAAAUGUGUGGAAUCUACUUUCUUUCAUGCUCGAUAGCUCUCCUAAAUUGCAAAUCCUCAAACUCGACGGCUCAUGUCGGGAAUACUGUCCGGUGGGCUGUGAAUGGAUUCAGCCGAAAUGUGUACGAGAAUGUCUGUUGCUCCAUCUUGAGACAUUGGUGUGGACAAGAUAUGAAUGGGAACGAGAAGACGUGAAACAAGUGGCCACUUACAUCCUCAAGAAUGCUAGACAGUUGAGGAAAGCAACUUUCUACCCAACAUGCGUCGGGCCGAAAGAGCUAGAAAAGUUGGAAAUGAGGCGAGAGAUGCUCAACGAGUUGGCUAGUGUGGCCAGAGGAUCGACCUCAUGUCACCUUGUGUUUGAAUCCGAAUGAUCUCUAGAAUGUUUACUGCUGUUUUAGCAAAUGAUCUUUCAAAAAGUCGAAGUGGAUUCUUAAGUGGUAAGAGUCUGGUGCAUUUUGAUGAUUAAACGUUGUUGGGUUGUUGGUAAAGACUGUUGUGACAUCUAUUUAAGCUUUUGGUAAUUUGGAAAUGGAACUGAGGCUGAUGUCAAAAUUCAUUGCAUUAUAUUGGAAUGAGAGAAUCUUUUGAAAAAAAAAACGCAUAAUCUUAUAGAAAAACUUUGGUUGUCCAAUCUGGAAAACUUGUUAUUUGUUCUCUUUAAAGCAACGCAUUUCUCAACCUUUUUGUUUAUUUUCUAGAGAAUUGGAAAAUAAACUUGAAUAUAAAAGGGGAAGAACAAUAUAGAAGGGGACCAUAACAGUUAGGCUAAGUAAAGGAAUAACCUAACCUCAAAGAAAACAACUUAUGAAAAAAUACAUUUGUUCAUUAGUACAUAAAGAAAUCGAUUGGAUCCCUCUUAUCAACAUAACCCAAAUUAAUAUCCUUAAUUCCAAAUCCAAAUACAAACCAAGAAAAUUCAGAAAAUGGAGAGAAAAGCUGAUCAUGCUACUGCCAACCGCAUCUACGAUGAGUUCGAUCCAGUCUUUAACUGGAAAAGUGAACAGGGAUUCGAAAUUCUCACAAUUAACCUUCCAGGGUUUAGGAAAGAGCAGCUUAAAGUGCAAGUAACCUCAACGAGGCAGGUAAGAGUGAUGGGAGAACGUCAUGCAGGAGCCAGCAGAUGGGUCCGUCUCCGCAAGGAGUUCCCUAUUCCAGCAAACAUCAAUGUUGACUCCAUCGCUGCCAUAUUUGUGGGCACAAGUCUUGUUGUGAAGCUCCCUAGACUAGAGCCAAUGGGGAAACAAACUUCUCCCAUUGUUACAACCGCAGCAACACCUCCCCCGGUUCAUAAGGAAGCCGAGAAGGUUCAACCAACAAAGCCAACAAGAGAGAAAGAAGCGGAACUAGAGAAACAUGCUGAGAAAGCUCAAUUGCCAACGCCAUCUAGAGAGGAAGACAAGAAACGGGCUGAGAAAGAAGAAGCUCUUAAGGGAAACGUUUGUGAUGGAGUUAAGCAAGAUUAUAGAAGUAAAAUGAAUGCAUACAAGGAGAAUCUUGGAGGAUAUAUGACAAUGAUGAAGAAUAAUCAGAGAGAACUCACAGUUGGUGUGGUUGCUCCGGCGGCUGCGGUUCUGUUGCUGUCGAUUGGAUUCUAUGCUGGUCAUAUGUUUUCUUCUUAAUAAAAUGGACGAUAAAAUGUAUAAACUUUGCAUAAAUUAAUAAACAAUCAUCAAAGAAAGAAACGUUGUUCUUAAUAGUUUUCAAAUUCCAACGAACACCUUGUCAAAAAAAACGAAAUAGAAAUUCAAAGUCAUGCAGUUAAUUUUAUCCAAAAAAAAAAAA